AUGGCGUGUCUCGCGCGCGCCGGGGCCGCGUCGGCGGCGCCGCGUUGGAGCGCGCGAACGUCGGCGCCGCUCGCGGGGGGGAUCGGGAGCGCGCUCGCGAGGCGUCGUGGGGCGGUCGCGCCGUGCCCGCCUCCGAACGCGCGACCAGGAAAACCUUUCGUGGAAUGGUGCCGCGAGAACGGAGAGCGGGGGGAGAGGUUGCUGGAAGAGUUCGACGACGACUUGUUCUCACCGGGGGAGCUGACGAAAGCGAGAGCGGAGCGCAUUCGAUGGACGUGUCGCGAGUGCGGAUGGACGUGGAGAACAGGAUUGGCACACCGCACGAAAGACAAGAAACCAACUGGCUGCCCUGGGUGUGCCGGUAAAGUGCCUACGUGGUAUAACAACCUCGAGGUGACGUGCAAGGAGAGCGACGGAAGACUCGAACACUUGAUAUGGGAGUGGGCGCAUCCGACGAAACGGAUGAAAGACUUCAUGCCGGCCACACACGAGAAGGUGCCGUGGAAGUGCGGCGGGUGCGGUCACGAGUGGGAUGCGACGACCCAUGACCGCACGCGCGCCACGCACUCCCGCGGGUGCCCGAAGUGCGCGGGUCGCCACCUGCACGACCUCGAGGUGCACUGCGCGCAGAGCGACGGGCAACUGGAUCAUCUGCCAAGGGAGUGGGCGCACCCGACGAAGAGCAUGAAGGACUUCGCGCCGGCCUCAGAAGUGAAGGUGCCGUGGAAGUGCGGCGGGUGCGGUCACGAGUGA